CCCGGAAGCACUAUAAAUAAGGCCCAUGUGCCCACCCCUCUCAAAUCCAAGCUGCCGCAGAGACCUUUCUCCUUAAGCAAGUAGCUUCACCGAGUGUGCAGGUUUUGCCAUGGCGGCUCCUACCUUGAUGCAAUGCUUGGUCGCCAUUUCCCUCCUCUCCUGUGUCGCCCACGCACAGCUCUCGACCACGUUCUAUGCGUCCUCCUGCCCCAAGCUGCAGAGCAUCGUGCGGAAGGCGAUGAUCCAGGCCCUCAGCAAUGACCAGAGGAUGGGCGCCUCUCUGCUCAGGCUCUUCUUCCACGACUGCUUUGUUCAAGGUUGCGACGGCUCGAUCCUUCUCGACGCCGGAGGGGAGAAGACGGCAGGCCCCAACGCCAACUCGGUGCGCGGCUAUGAGGUCAUCGACACCAUCAAGACGAACGUGGAGGCCGCGUGCCCCGGCGUCGUGUCGUGCGCCGACAUCCUCGCCCUUGCCGCGCGAGAAGGAACGAAUCUGCUCGGCGGGCCGACCUGGAACGUGCCGCUGGGCCGGCGGGACUCGACGACGGCGAGCGCGUCCCUCGCCAACAGCAACCUCCCGCCGGCGACGGCCAGCCUGGGCACGCUCAUCUCGCUGUUCGGCAGGCAGGGCCUGUCGGCGCGCGACAUGACGGCGCUGUCGGGCGCGCACUCCAUCGGGCAGGCCCGGUGCACCACCUUCCGCAGCCGCAUCUACGGCGACACCAACAUCAACGCCUCCUUCGCGGCGCUCCGGCAGCAGACGUGCCCGCAGUCCGGCGGCGACGGCAACCUGGCGUCCAUCGACGAGCAGACGCCGACGAGGUUCGACACGGACUACUACACCAACCUGAUGUUGCAACGGGGCCUGUUCCACUCAGACCAGGAGCUCUUCAACGGCGGGUCGCAGGACGCGCUGGUGAGGCAGUACAGCGCCAGCUCCUCGCUCUUCAACAGCGACUUCGUGGCGGCCAUGAUUAAGAUGGGCAACGUUGGGGUGCUUACCGGCACCGCUGGACAGAUCAGGCGCAACUGCCGGGUCGUCAACAGCUAGAUGCAUGCCAUAUAAAAAAAUAGCAGGCUACAGUGGCGCUAUAGCGGUUAGAGAGACUCGAUGUUAAGUUAUUGCUCUUUGUGUCAUUAUAUCAAUUUUAGCCGCUAUUGUGCCGCUAAGUGGCAUAUUUUGACCGUUAUAACGGUGCUAUUUCAUCUUUUGUGUACUUAUCAUUUAUUUGCUAAUUUAAUUAGUUAUUUUCUGCUUCUCA